UUCUUCAGCUCCUUGGCUCCUAGAGUGACGAAAUCAUGCUGUAAUUUGAGAACAGAUACCUCUUCUACAGCAUAUCAUUAGCCAAAAAAGAAAAAAAAACUUUGCAACAGCAGCCCAGAUGUUGAAAUAGUAUAGUAGCAUGCUGCAGAAGAGAGCAAUCUCUCACUGCACAGACACGCUGUGCUACUCCUGCUGCACCCAAAGAAGGCAUUGGAGUCUGCUGUCUUUACGUAUGAGCUCUUCCCUGUGUUCUCAGUGUCUCUCACCGAUUGAAUGCAGACAAUUUUUGGUCAGAAAACUGAACAGAACUUGACUAAGGCAGACUUGCACUCUUUAUACCUGGAGUGGCUACACAAUAUUUAAUUCCAAAUUAGCAAUUUGUGGAAUGUCAACGGUGCAUCUUGCUGCCAAGGAGGAUAUCUGUGCUGGGCUUGGGAAUUUAAAUUCUAUUGCCUGACUGUCUACUGCUGGCACCGUUGCAAGAGAUCGUUCUGCACAAUGAAAGGAUUUCAACUACUGUGGCUUGGAAUUUUCUGCAACCUGUGUCAUGGUUUCUAUAAUGGCCCCCUGCACCCCGAGAUGUCCAAUGGAACUCUGCAUCAUUAUUUUGUCCCCGACGGGGACUAUGAAGAAAACGAUGACCCAGAGAAGUGUCAGAUGCUCUUCAAAGUGAUUGACGACAGGCCAUGUGCUUCUGGAGAGGGACAAUCCCUUUCCUUAAAGGAAGAGUUUGUUGUGAUCAAAAGACAGAUUGAGGAUUCUGAGAGAGUACUUGAAAGUAUCAGUAAAAGCAUAUCCUAUGACCUGGAUGGAGAGGAAAGCUACGGAAAGUACCUGGGGAGGGAGUCCUCCCAGAUCAGCGAAGCCUUCUCCAACUCAGAUAACUCUUUGACGGAGCUGGAAUUAAAGUUUAAGCAGAGCCAGGAAAACGAUGAGAACGAGAUGAAAGGGUUAAACGAUGACUUUGUGGAUAUGAUGAUCCACACAAGAGCUGUGCUCAAGGAAACCUUAGAUGUCUCACUGGGACUUAGGGAUAAACAUGAACUCCUGUCUUUAACUAUUCGAAGCCAUGGUGCUAGGCUAAGCAGGCUGAAAAAUGAGUAUCUGAAAGCUUGAAACCAUGAAAUCUGGGGGCUUCCUGUCUUUAAUUUAUGGAGAUUCUUACCAUCUUAAAGUAUUUAAAAGUAGCUCUGACUCAUGAUGUAUGUAUAGCAAAGGCUCAGGAAGUACUGAGUUAUUUCACAGAUAUCCCUAUGAUCUUAGAAUGACUUCCUCUAUGCAAAAGUGACAGUGAUUUUUUUAAUUAUUUUU